GUACCUGUGAACACCAGUCGGUUAGACCAGUUGUGCUGCGCGCUCCCACCGUAAUUAUGAUGUUUCCGGAAAAUUGAAGGCAACAUCGACGCCGCUCGGAGCCACGUAGCGACGCAGCGACGCUGGUGUUGUAGUCUUGUGGCAUUUAUGGACGUCUGAGUGUCGCGCUGCAUGGUCAACACUGCUUUGUCCUAAUCUGCUGCUGCUGCUGCUGUGACCACAGACCUGCUACUUCCUGUUCUGUCUGCUUGACUAAACCUUCGUGAACACACCUACACCAGUGGACCAAUAACGAACAGGUGCUCGGUUUAUCCGCCCGAUUUGCCCCACAGCGCUUCUACUGUCGGACAAACUCACUCAAGUGUUCUGUCUAAGCCGUGUCCGUCACACGCGCCCACACCAGAGGGAUUGAAAAUGCCGAGCAUGCUUCAGUGCCCACGCACAGUCACAGCAAAUAUGGGCGGCAAGCUGUCCAGCUUUGGCAAGACGCUGCUGCGUCGCCGGGCGUUGGACUUCUCCGGCGACGAGACCCGCUUCGCCCGUUGUCUGUCCACCCUGGACCUGAUCGCCCUGGGGGUGGGCUCCACGCUCGGCGCCGGCGUCUACGUCCUGGCCGGCGAGGUUGCCCGAGAGAAGGCGGGGCCCGCCAUUGUGCUCUGCUUCCUCAUCGCCGCCCUGUCCUCCAUGUUGGCCGGGCUGUGCUACGCCGAGUUUGGCGCCCGCGUCCCCAAGACGGGCUCCGCCUACCUUUACAGCUACGUGACAGUCGGGGAAAUAUGGGCCUUCAUCACGGGAUGGAACCUCAUCCUCUCCUAUGUGAUAGGUACAGCCAGUGUGGCGAGGGCAUGGAGCUCCACCUUCGACAGCCUGGUGGAACAAAAGAUCUCUGACUUCUUCAAAGCCUCCAUGGCGAUGAAGGUGCCAGGGGGGGUGCUGGCAGAGUACCCGGACCUGUUCGCCCUCAUCCUGGUCCUCCUGCUCACCGGACUUCUGGCCUUUGGCGUGAGCGAGUCGGCGCUGGUGAACAAGAUUUUCACAGGCAUCAACCUGGUGGUUCUGGGCUUCGUCAUCAUCUCCGGCUUUGUGAAGGGCAACACGGCCAACUGGAACCUGACGGAGGAGGACUACAUCGGCUUCAGGAACAGAACCAACAGCAGCCGUCCCUUUCCGGUGGAGGAGGAGUUCGGCGUGGGCGGGUUCGCUCCGUUCGGCCUCACCGGGGUCCUGUCCGGCGCUGCCACCUGCUUCUACGCGUUUGUGGGCUUCGACUGUAUUGCCACGACAAGCGAAGAAGCGAAGAACCCGAUGCGCUCCAUACCCGUUGGCAUCGUGGCCUCGCUGCUGAUCUGUUUCUUCGCCUACUUCGGCGUGUCCGCUGCCCUGACGCUGAUGAUGCCGUACUACGAGCUGGACACCCAGAGUCCGCUGCCCGAGGCCUUCAGCUACGUCGACUGGGCUCCGGCCAGAUACAUCGUGGCCGUGGGUUCCCUCUGUGCUCUGUCCACCAGUCUCCUGGGCUCCAUGUUCCCCAUGCCUCGAGUCAUCUACGCCAUGGCAGAAGACGGGCUGCUGUUCCGCACUCUGUCCAGGAUGAACGCUCGCACCAAGACCCCUCUGUUGGCUACCAUCGCCUCUGGUAUCGUUGCAGCUCUCAUGGCCUUCCUGUUCGACCUGGCUGCUCUGGUUGACCUCAUGUCCAUCGGAACACUGUUGGCCUACUCUUUAGUGGCCAUCUGUGUCCUCAUCCUCAGGUACCAGCCCGGCACCCUGACGUCCUCCAGCCAGACGGAGAAGCUGGUGGAGCUGGUGGAGGGCGAGAAGGUGGCUGUAAGCGGGGGUGACAGCGGCGACGAGUACGGCGCCGAGAUGGAGGAGAGGCCGCUUCGAGAGGCCUUCACGCCCAGGCUGCUCUUCUGCCCGAGUGGGAAGACCCCGACGCGAACCUCCGGCAACAUCGUCUACGCCACCACUGCUAUUAUUUCGGUCUUCAUCACCGUGUUGUGCGUCAUCCUGGCCAACUUCCUGACAGAGCUGCUGUCUGGACACGCAGGCGUCGUGGUGCCCUGUGUCAUUUUGACUCUGCUCUGCUGCGUCUGCUUCAUCAUCAUCUGCCGGCAACCCGAGAGCAAAGAGGCCCUCACCUUCAAGGUGCCUCUUCUUCCCUGGCUGCCCCUCUUCAGUGUCUUCGUCAACAUCUACCUCAUGAUGCAGCUGGAUAAGGGCACGUGGUGCCGCUUCGCCGUUUGGAUGGCUAUUGGUUUCGCCAUCUACUUCCUAUACGGCAUGAAGAACAGCAGCGAAGCUGCCAGCCGGUCGUCCCCCCGCAAAUACGAGCCCGCACUGCAGACCAAGAGUCCCAUUUAUGUGGGCGCCCCUGACGACAGUGACAUGGAAGCAGGCGGCAGCCCCUGAUACAGACUUGACACAGACCUGGGAGACGUUGCUGCGCGUCCACACUCAUUUUGGCCGUCUAGUUGAACCAGCGGCAGAAUGCUGCGGUGUGGGCAGCCUGGAACACGAGCCUGGGUUUAAAGGGAGGAGAGGCAAGAAACCGCCACACACAUCUUACCUCUGAAUUUGGAGGCUGAUUAACUUGAUGGCUGGACACUGACGGAGCCACUUUCUGGCCCAUGUGUCUUUGUUGUUUUUUUUUCUGUUUGUUUGUAGUUAGCCUUAACCCUCUGGAGAUAUCUACCUGCCUUUAACUCAUGCUUUGAGCGGACUGAACUAACAAGAGUACAACUGUACUCCUCGUGCUUUUCAUAAUUUGCUCCCCUCAGUUAUGAUCGGUGGCUUCGAGGAGCCACCGGGUCACUUAGGGUUUAAUAAGUCCUACUGUGUACAUCAGUAAAAAAGAAGAAAAAAACUGAAACCAGCGAGUUUACGAUCAUCGUGACACUUGGCUCAGUGAGCCAGACUUCCAACUGUUUAUAAAGAAACAUGAUUUUAAUGCAGACCACCACCACAAAGUGGCGUAGAUGAGAAGCAGUUACUUCUUGUGAAUAGCUGUCGGCAGAGUUGACACGUCAAGUUUAUUGCGCCGGGCCUUAUUUUGUUUGUGUGUUUUGAACAGGGUAGUGCUGAAGCUGUGUUUUUUACAGUGUCGGCCGGUCUGAUGUUUGAUGUCGUCAUGUAUCCGAGGCCGAAGUCCACGCUUUACAUGUCGGGAUGGCGUUUUAAACUUACUUGUUUGCCGUUGUGCCGCCUGCUCACAGUUUUUUUUUUUUAAAUUUCACGCAUAGACUCUGUUGAAGUGGAAAUUGUGGCCUUUGUUUGAAACUUAACAUUCAAAAGGGCGACAAACUACUCUGACCCACAAAAGAGUCUUGAAAUCCAGCACAGAAGUGAAGUAUCGCAGCGAAUUAAAAAUGUCCUCAUCCAAACACGUGUUACUCCAAAAACAGCAUUGUGACAUUUUAAAUGCAUCCAUUCACAUCUGUCUUCUUCCAAAUGCUUUAGAUGUCUGUUCCCAGAUGUUUCUGCAAAUGUGAGGAGAGAUUAGCUUUGAGGAAGGUCAUCAACAGCUGUAAAUUAGGUUUCGAAUUAGUGGGUCAAGGAACUGGAUGUUUUAAUAGACGAUGGUCGACCUCUGUCAGAUCUUCUCUGCUGUCUGGGAGCUGUGGGGGGUCUCGUCUUUCAUCAACACUAAAAUAUCAACUUUUUAUUGUUCUUACUUCCUUGUGAAAAUACUUUUUCACAAAGGUUCUUGUUUAGUUUCAAUUGAAACUUGUUCUCAGCAGCUCAGUCAGUCACUUUUUAUUUCAUUUUUUACUGCUGUAUUUACUUAUUUGUCUUAUAGAGCUGUUAAUAUUUAAAUGUUUAUAGUAUUGUUUGUUUUUGGUAUAGCUUUCUUUUUAUCUGUCGUUCCCCGCUCUCAUAUCAAUCUCACUAUGAUUUGUAGAUCUUAUUUGUAGAGUUUUAAUUGUUAAAUAUAAGUUGUGUUUUUUUUUUAACUCGGGUCCUUUUUGUUCUGCAAAUAUUUACUUAUGAUUUCUUUCCUCCCUGAAUAAAUGAAAACAUUUUGGGGAAAUUAAAGCUUUCCAAAACGAAUAACGACCACUUAAAGUCGGUCUCUAAAUUGGGAUUUUUAUUGGUUUUUUUUCUCCUCCUAUGCUUUGGAGUCAAUAUGUUAACUUAUUGUUAAUAGCAUUUUGUUGUUGUAGUAAAAUCGUUUUACUGUAGAUUGUACAGUAUUUGUUUAAAACUAUAUCUUUAUUUGUAUAAUACGGUAAAUUAUACAAACAUACUUUCUUUUCAAAUAUGGCCUGUAAUUUGGUGAAAUGUGGUAAAUUACACUGGAAGGCCUCUCAUUCGACACCAUGCUGCUGAAAUCUAAAUUUAAAAAAUCCUAGUCCCACGUUUUUUGAUCAAAUAAUCCAAAGGUUUAUUGCUCAAAUUGCCCCCACCCGUUUUUAGACAUGUCAGAAGUAUUUAAUCUCCCGCAAAGAUUUUGGAGCAGUCAGGUAAUUGGUUUUUGAUCCAGCCUGUUCUUCUAGAUGAUGUGAACCUAUGAUCUGGUGCCUGAAGGACCAUCGUUCUGCCUGAGAAAGGCGCCGGGGCCGGUGACAACAAACGAGUCGUGAGCUCUACUCUCUCAGACGUCUAUCAAACACGACCCGAGACCCAGAACUCUGACUGCAGGUUGAAGUCUAAGUCUUCGCAAGCAGCCCUCGUGCCUUUUCACGAAUCAACCCGAUCAUCUCCCUUCUUCGAUGCUUGUCUUAUCAAAGACAAUGAUCUAUUUUUGUCUUUCUGCUUUAUAUCCUGUACAUAUGGCUGUCAUGUAUAAAAUGAGCUGUAUUUUCAAUGUUUUUUUUUUUAAAUAAAACAUGGCAUUGAGAAAAUUUGCA